AUGGCAUUCCAUACAAGAUUUGGUGGGCUGCGUCGUUGGCUUAAAGCCAUCUAUCAACGUAGUUACUCGUUGGCAUUGAUACCGGAACAUUGGCGUAUGUCACGCACCAUUCUUAUUUACAAAAAAGGUGACAUACAGGAUCCUGGCAACUGGCGUCCCAUCGCCCUGCAAAAUUCAAUCAGCAAGAUCUAUACAGCUGAUAUCAACAAAGUGAUGCGACGCACCUUGACCAACGAUACAACGUGUGAUGAGCAUGUACAACGAUUAUUCAGCCUUCAUCACAACAAGCCUACCACAACCAUUUGCUGUUGGCUGAAGAUCUUACUAUGUAUUGUUUCGCAUGACCCAGAGCAUCUCGGACGCCUUUAUCGCAUUGUUACCGAUUUCAUGGAUACACACGACUUGAGGAUCAAUGCAACAAAAACAUGUUUUUCGGCAACCAUCACUCACAGCAAUCACCAACGGCACACCGAUGAGCGUAUUGAGCUACGUUACCAUGGCGAAAGGAUACCACGCACUUAUUUGAGGAUUCAUGGAAGUAUCAUGGCAACAGUGUGGGUCAGCAACGGGACACCAUUUGGGCCGACUUCAAUCGUUUACAAUUGUGCACAUGUAGCAUCAUCAUGA